AUGAACUUCCCUCUCGCAUGGCUGAUAAGUGCUGCACUUCUCCCACUCGCAGCAUCAAGAAAAUACAGUGUGCCGUUGGAAAGGGACAACGUUUAUUACAAACGGAAUGCAGCUAAUGGUAAGAUCUUCUUGGAAUCUAUGAAAUUUUUUUGUUCAAGCUUUUACCAGAGCGUUUUUGGAUGAGCACUUUGACAGGCAUCAGCGAUAUCUUAAAGCUCGAUACCUCAAGGAUCCGCACUCACAGCCAUUCUACGAUUAUUAUAACAUCAACUACCGAGGUAAGAGAUUUUUAGCAUCUCUAUGCUGAGCGUUUUAGCCAACAUUACCGUCGGCACACCACCUCAGCAAUUUCGCGUUGUCCUUGACACCGGCUCGGCCGACUUCUGGAUACCCGCACUCGACUGUCAAGUAGAAGGUGGUGGUGCAUGUAACGGAAAAGUAUUGUUCAAUGACUCCGCUUCCAGCACUUUUGUAAAUCUUGGUCACGAAUUCGAAAUCCGUUACGGAAGGGGGUCUGUUAAAGGCACCACCGCAAACGAAACUGUCGGCCUUGGGCGUCCGGAAGACGACAAGUUGGUGGUCCCACGGCAGACGUUUGGAGUCGCUCACAGUAUCGAUGACGCACUGGAGGAGUCUUUGAAUUUUGAUGGAAUCGUCGGACUUGCAUUUGGAAGCCUUUCCAAAGAACACGGACAACCUGUCUUCCUGAAUGCAGUGGAUCAGGGAUUGGUCGACGAGCCGAUCUUUACCAUUUGGCUGACUAAAGAGCCAGCGGGCAGCGAGGUAUCUGUGUGACGGACCUGAUCUAGUGGCAAAAAACGUACCAUUUUGGGUCCGGGAAGCAUCAAAAAUGUGGCAAAAUGCUUCCCUCUCCAAGUGAAAAAAACUUCGUUUUGAAGGGCUUUCCUCACAAAAAGAGCGGGCGCGCUUUUGAAGUUGGAGUUUUUUCACUUGGAGAUGGAGGCAUUUUGCCACAUUUUUGAUACUUCCCGGAUGCAAAAAAGUACUUUUUUUGCCACUGCUGCGCAAACGUUCAAAGCAAAUGUUUUUAGGGCAAAGAAGGAGGUCUAAUCACCUAUGGAGGCUUUGACGACAAACAUUGCAGCAAUGACAUUCAUUACAUCCCGCUGGCAGAUGAGUCAUACUGGAUUUUCGAAGGCCAAGCAUUCUCGGUGAACGGACAAGAAACUGAGCACACUUAUAGCGCGGUUACCGACUCCGGCACGUCCUAUAUUGCGGCGGAUCCCACCAUAGUUCAGUCGAUAGUGGACGGCUUAAAGGCGGAGCAAACGCCAAGCGGUCGAUACGUAUUGCCGUGCAACUCCAACUUUACCAUUGGUUUCAACAUAAAUGGCAAAAAUUACAAUAUCGAAGCAAAGAAUCUGUUGUUGGAGAAUGAGGAAGGCUCCUGUGAUCUGGCAUUGCAGCAGUUCGUGAACCCGUUCGUUCAGUUAAUCCUGGGAGAUCCAUUCAUUCGGGAGUACUGUCAAGUCCACGAUGUAAAAGAAGGACGAGUCGGAUUCGCCUUGGCCAAGGAGUGA